GAGGUGUUCAGUUGCAAAGCUUCUUUCCUUUGGUUCCUCGACACUGCUACACGUUUCCUCAGAGGCUGGGUACAAACUCACAGAGAGAUGGCGGGUGCAUCACCUCCCAACCCCACAUUCGACCCCAAAGAAGAGAAAGAGAUGAUGGAGUUCUUUAGCCAGCAAAUACACAUGUUACAGGAAAAAGCUAGGCUUCAGGCAUCAGUGCGAGAAGAGAAGAAGCUUCUGGUGGAAAACUCUAAGCUGAAGAAAGACAUUGAUGAUCUAAAGAGGAAACUGCAGGACACACAGAAGAAGAAAGCCAUGAAGCUCCAUCAGGAGAGAUCUCUGACUGCAUCAGUAGCUGCAAUAAAGGCAGCCAUCAAAGACGUUCCUGCUCCACCUGAACCCGCAUCUGCAGCUAAACCUCAAAGAAACAACUCACACACACACAGUGAGGGGAGACGGAGGAGAGACCGCCGAGGGGUUCAGGAGGGAGUGGGCGGAGCCUCUAGGGGAACUCCUGAUGCACUGUGUAGAUUGGAGCGCGACCCGAGACCUGACGUUUCCCGGUUGGACCUGAGGAUCGGACGUGUUCUGGCGGUUCGAAAACAUCCCGAGUCAGAUUCCCUUUACGUACAGGAAGUGGAUGUAGGAGGCUCCUCCCCCAGAACUUUGGUCAGUGAACUGGCCAAUCACGUGCCUCUGGAGAAGCUGCAGGACACUCUGGUGAUUCUUCUGUGUAAUGUUCGGCCAGUGAAGGUGCGUGGUGUUCAGUCUCAGGCUCGAGUGCUCUGUGCUGUCAAUCAACACAAGAUGGAGCCUUUAGCCCCGCCCACUGGAGCUCAGCCCGGAGACAGAGUGACCUUUCAGAACUAUCCAGGUGAGGCAGAGAGAGAGCUGAACCCAAAGCGGCGUGUUUGGGAGCGUUUACUCCCUGACCUGCGUAUCGACGGAAGGGGCGUGGCCACGUACAAAGGCGUGGCCUUUGAGGUCAGGGGGAAGGGUCUCUGCAGAGCGCCUACUAUUAGCAACGGCGACAUCAAGUGAAGGGCAAAAGUCAUCGCCAUGGUUACCAGCAAGUCAUGUGUACAGCCUAAUAAGGACAUUAAUAAUAAAACCAUGUGAUCAAUAACGCUGUGAGUUCUACAGUUACACUGCAUCUAUACAGGGAAUGUGUUGUUACCAUGGUAACCAUCAAAAACAGUCAUGAGUAAAUAACUUCUGUAC